GUAACGCUUUACUUGGCGCCCACGCUGAUCAGGCAGUUCCUCCAUCAGGUCCUGGGAUCUGGUUGUAUUCUGCUGUCAUCAUCAUAAUCUCCCGUUUCUCCUGCUCUGGGAUUAUCAUGGCUAUGAAGCAGGCCAGCCUGUGACCGUCCGCUGCUCUCCGCAGGCCUGUACUUUCACAUUAUUUACUUUGGUUUUGAGUUUGGUGGCAAACAAAGAGCCAAAAUGCUGAACCAGAGCGCUGUGAUGAUCUUCACUGGGAUCUGUGGGGCGAUGGUGUUCAUGGCCAUGGCCUACUAUGUCUACUGGUCCGUGGUUUUGGCUGACGGGCCGUGUAAACGCGGCUUGUAAAGGAACUCCACUGUGGUUGGUCGUGGUGUGUAGAGAGGAGCCCGCUCAGCCCCUCCAGGCUCCUCAGCCAUGGCUCUCCUGGCCUAUCUGAAGAACCUGUUCAUCCUGCAGCUGCUGAUGGGCUUCGUGUUUGUGGUGAGCGGCCUCAUCAUAAACUUCAUUCAGCUCUGCACCUGCGUGUUCUGGCCCAUCAACAGGCAGCUCUACCGCAGAAUCAACUGCAGGCUCUCCUACUCUCUGUGGAGUCAGCUGGUGAUGAUGCUGGAGUGGUGGUCGGGCACAGAAUGCACCCUAUACACCGACCAGGCUACGGUGGACAAGUUCGGCAAGGAGCACGUCAUCAUCAUCCUCAACCACAACUUUGAAAUCGACUUCCUGUGUGGCUGGACCAUGUGUGAAAGAUACGGGGUCUUAGGGAGUUCAAAAGUGCUGGCCAAACACGAGCUACUGAAGGUCCCUCUGAUCGGCUGGACCUGGUACUUUCUAGAAAUCGUUUUCUGCAAAAGAAAGUGGGAGGAGGACAGAGAAACGGUUUUUGCAGGCCUGGACAGGCUCAAAGAUUAUCCUGAAUAUAUGUGGUUUCUGCUGUACUGUGAAGGAACCCGCUUCACGGAGAAGAAACACCAAAUCAGCAUGCAGGUGGCGGAGAGUAAAGGCCUCCCCAAGCUCAAGUAUCACCUUCUACCCCGAACCAAAGGAUUCACCACCACGAUGCAGUGUCUGAAAGGCACAGUCACUGCUGUGUAUGAUGUGACUCUGAACUUCAAGGACAACCAGAUUCCCACUCUGCUGGACAUCGUCAACGGCAAAAAAUACAAAGCUGACCUGCGUGUUAAGCGGUUUUCUGUGGAGGAUAUUCCGGAUAAUGAACAGGAGUGUGCCAACUGGCUGCACAAGCUCUACCAGGAGAAAGACGCCUUACAGGAGCAUUACGACAAGGAAGGAAAGUUCCCUGGACCCACAAUCAUCCCCCCGCGCCGCCCGUGGACGCUGCUCAACUUCCUGUUCUGGGCCACCGUUCUGUUGUCGCCCCUCAUCAAAUUAGCAUGUGGGGUGAUCGUUAGCGGCUCCCCGCUCCUCAUCAUCGGUUUCAUCACCUUCCUCAUCAUCGCCUCAGUUGCUGUUCGCCGUCUCAUCGGGGUCACAGAGGUGAAGAGAACAGGCUCCAGUUACGGAAACCAAGAGGCCAAGAAAAAAAAGUAAACUGUGUGACCCCCCCCCCCCCACACCCCGUCUCACCGCGGCGUCUCACUCCCCGUCCAACUCCAUCCUCCUCCUGCCGUCGGCAGGCCGGGGAGGAGGCCCACCUGUGAAAACAAAACCUACACCAGAGUCAAAAAACGAGAAGAAAAUCCUGCCUUCAGCGGAGGAAGAGACGAAGACGAGAAGGUGUGGGAAUGACGCUCUCUGGUUUAUCACAGAUUAUAAGGAGGGGGGGGAGAUGCAGUACUGUAAACCCACCAAACUCCCAAUUAAGUCCGUUAAACAAGAAUCAUAAGCCUGAGGUCAUUUUCUAAAAGCCACGCCCACUUCCUGUCAGCUGUUGAUUCCUUUGAAGCUCACGCAACACAUCCUGAUCCACACCGAUUAAUUUCUGUUAUCCAGCGGCAGGAUCCAUCGUUCCCCUUGUUCUGAUGGGAAUCGGUGCCUUUUGGCCCAGCCUGGCUUUCCUUAAUCAGCUCACACAAACCACAGCGCUCAGAUUUCUACAACUAAACCACAAAAUGGCUCAAAUUAUUGAACUAAAUGCAAAAAAAUAGGAAAUAAUUCAGUGAAAAGACAUUUAGAGAUCCACCAAUCAUAACCUCCAGCUAAAGCCUCUGGAUUUAAGAACAUUAACGUUAUUAAAAGUGUUUUUGAAGCAAAAUAAGAAGAUAAUUGCUGUCAAAAGAAACGGUUCACUAAUAUUUAAGCAUUCUAUGUUAGUAAUUUCUCAGUCACCUUAUUGUACACUGCAAAACCACAAAAUUUUACCAAGUACAUUUGGUCUAGUUUUUAGUGCAAAUAUCUUAGUUUUUAUAUCUCAAGUCUAACUAACUUUAAAAGUAACUUUCCAGCUAAAUAUAAUUGCUUAUUUUAAAUCAAUAAUUUCUUAAUAUUGGUUAAAAACAAAAGAGUACUGGUUCCACUGGCAGAAUUUUUACCUUAUAACUUACAUUUUUCCCACGCUGCAGGUAAAAUAAAAUCUGCCAGUGGAAUUAUAGCUUUUUGAAAAAUGAAUACAUUCAUUUUUACUAUUACAUCUUUACAAGCUGCUAUUUCUUGCUGAAAAGUUACUUGUAAUAAGCUAGUUUUUGUAUUAUUUAAUGUGUAGUAAGAUAUUUAUACCAGAAACUACAUCGAACAUACUUGGUAAGAUUUUAUAUGUUUUUCAUAUUAGGUAAAACUUUAAGGUUUCCAAAAGUUUGGCAACAUUUCAAAACAAAUGUUGCUUAAGAAAAAGUCACAUUUCUGUAAACGACUUGUUUUCUUCCUUCAGCAACCACUUCCACACUGAAGAGUGAUGUUUUGGUGCAUCUCUAAUCAUCUGCUUCAUUGUAAUCUAUUUCAAGUGAAAUUAAUCGUUAAUUUAGUUGGAAAUUCUUUUAAAAAAUGAGUUAAAUAUAAAGUUAUAAUCCUGACUUUAGACUGUCAGAUGGGCUGGUGUCUGCUGAGCUGCAGCAAGGACUCUGAAUGUGAAAACCGAGGAAACCUGCCCUCAUUUAAAACACAAACUUCCCGUUUUUCCUCCAUUUCUCCUGUCGGAUUUCAAACAAACACUCCACGUUUAGGAGUGUUCGUUUUCUCACCCACGUGUAAGGCGGACGACCUCCGACCUCCUAAACGUGCCGUUUCGACCUCCCUCCCCGACACCGAAACGCAGCUCACGGUGGAACAUGAAUGGCAGCAGAAUCAAGGGUCAAAGGUCACCAACUGUUUUCAUGUAGCCACACAGCUGUUAGCAUAGACUGCAGUAGGAGUAUUUUUAACCUUUGCCUUAAAUCAAGCUUGCUCAGGCAAGGGAUUGCUUAUUUACCUCCCUUUGGAACGCAUAACGCCACUUUUGUUAUGUUUUAAAUCUUCACCCUUCAUUUCUGUCAUUACAAUAAUGCAUGGUGGAGUAGGAAGAGUUAAUUAGCAAAAUGACUGAAUCAUUUAAACCGUGGACUAAUAGGAAGAUGUUAAUUGAAGGGAUUUCUUUUUGGCAGGGUUUUGUUUGGGGGGGAAAAAAAUCACUAAAUGUUCAAAGUGGACAAAAAAGGAAUUAUUUGUUUUGUUUAGGAAUUUAAAAAAACAACCUGUAAGAGAAGAUAAAUUGCUUUAUUUGAUUAAAUGACUUAUAGGAAGUUGGUUUUUUGUUGCAUCAAACCCACUUUUUUAAAUCUCUGAGUUGUUUUUUAUAUAGAAAAAUCUUUUGUUAUCCACUUUAAAUAAUUUCAGAUGAUUUCUAGGAAACUUUUUGGUUGUGUUUGAAUAAAAAUCACUGUUGAAUACAUUAUAGGAAGAUUUUGAUUUCUUGAAUAUAAAAUUGCACGCAGGUUUCCACAUUUUGAAAGCAAAGCAUCAUUAUUUUUGAGCAGAGAAAUGUCCAGUUCUUCUUUCCGUAGUCGUCUAUAAACGGACAGAUUUCAUGCAAGCCUUAAUUAGCAUCAAGGGCCAAAAGAAUCACACAAUUUAAAGAAUAAAUGGAUCUUAAAUCAGCAUUUAUACAUGUGAUCAUUUAAAUUCAUUUGGAAUUGUGUGCAAAUGAAUAAAUACAUGUAUACAUUUGGAAUAUUUAUCUAGAAUUUAUUUCAAUCAUUUGUAAAAUGUAAUUCAAUGUGAAAAACAUUAAAUGUAAUUUGAAUUUCUACUAAAAAUAUUCUUAUUUUUUAAGCAUGCAAUUGGUAAAUAUUGAAAACAUUUCAGAUUUUAUUAUAAAUACAUUCAAAUUUCAGUUAAUGUUUUCCACCUUUGAAAUAAUGGAUACAUACAUUUUUAUCUAAAUUAUAACAUCUAAUAAUGUUUAUAGACCACUUUAUUUAUUUAAUUGAGGCCCCUAAUAAAUUAGUGCUGCUUGAUUAUUAUUAGUAUUUAUAUUUUUAAUAUUUAGAAGUUAACUCAUGUGAAAUUGGAAAAUGUAAGACAUUUUUAUCUGGUAAAUUUGCAGCUUCUGUGAUUAAUUCAGGUUUUUUUACGCCACUUAAAAGGAUCUUAUAUUUACAUUUAUUGUAACCAGAACUGAUACAAAUUUUCCCAACAAUUUCUGUCACUCUUGAAAAACAAAUUUAGGUUUCUGGGGGGAAAAGUCCAAAAUCUUUUUAUUUUUCUGUUCUUUGAUUUCUAAUUAACAAAUUAAAGCCCAGCUAUAAGCAUUUCACGUUGGAAAAAUCUCCAGUUCUCCCCGUUAGUUGCACCUCUUGCAUCGGCUGUUUGGUUAGUUUUUUGUUUUUGUUAUUUUUCUACAGCUUUUAUUUUUAUGUUUUCUUCCAUUUAAACACUUGAGAUUAUUAAAGGAUUUAAUCACAAAGCAACUCUUACCCUUGGAUUUCUUUGGCUUUGUCUGAGUUUCUCUGUAUGAACAUGCAGCCAUGCAGGUGAAAGGAGAGCAGCUUCUCCACCCAUGUUCAGAGUCGCAUUCAUUCACCUUUGUUUUUCAUGACACAUCCACAAACUUCACUAAAUUAAUAUGCGACACAUUAAUAUGUAAAUAAGCUAAAUCUGAAUGUCCUUUAGAAACUAGAGCUGUGCAUAGCUGCUUUUAUUAGUAUUCCUCCCUAAAAUCAAUGGGUUUUAUGUACAUAAUGUAAAUAAUUACAAUGCUUUGUUUAGAAGUAGUUGGUUUUCCACAUUGCACUGUCUUUGACUGCACCGUUAUUUCAGGCUACAACCAAAUCUACCACUAGGGGGCAGCAGCAGAAGGCUUACAGUGAUGAAUACUUCCAGCGACCAGAGGAGACCGAGGUUAAAUUUUGCUCCCACAGCAGUUUUCAGUCCGAGCAGUCAUUAAUCAUUUCUUACUCCUUUAUUUCUUUUUUUUAUUGCAUGAUGUGCUUUACUGCACAGGAAGCGAAUUGAGUUCAUUCUGACUCAGGGAUUCUUUUACAGACUGGUGAUGCAACUGCUGUGGCAUUAACUCUGAAUCUGAAUAAAGAGGCUUUCUGGGGAA